GUUGAUGUUUUUUCGGCUUUUGCACAGAUCAACCUCUCGGUGUUCGCCUACAGUGUUCUAUAGAAACUGCUGGAUGCACCGUCUCCCUGGGGUACUCGUUGAUUUACAGCUUUCCAUGAGCAGAGGAGCUCAUCUGGUGAAUUAUUAUCAUGAAAAGACAGCCGAACAGUGCAGCAGGACUUGCUGUCUCCUCCAGAACGGUUUAUGUAACACAGCAGUCUUCAACUUUGCCCCGGGUAGGGACACUUACAACUGUUUUCAUAUCAACUGCCCGACUCAGAAGACUUGCAUAAUGAGGAGGAAGAGCAGCUUUCUGCUGUUUAACAUUACAAAAGGGGAGGACCCGGAUUUGCUCAUUUUUGGAAAUGAUCGGAAUAAAGGGAAGGAGAUGAACUCUGUUUUUUAUACCAGCGCAUCUGAGUCCAAUAAUUCAGAACCCCCUGGGUGGGACAAGCAUCGACACUAUAACAGGUAUACUGUGUCCCUUCCACCGCGCACACCUCUUCCCACUCAACCCAAGCAGCCGCCAAAGGCAUAUUCUCUCCCCAACACCAGCCACGCACCCAGCAGCCGAACGAUCCCAACAGACCCACCAACAGCUCCAGCUUCCAGCGAAGGCGACAAAAGCACCGACAGAGCCACGCAGGUCACCUUCGAGCCCUUCCACUACUUGACUGCUUUGCCGCAGGAAGAAUCCACUGGUCUGACGGGGACCCAUGUGCUCAAGCCCCUCACUGGCAUCCUCAUCCCAGGGCAGGCGAACAACACCGAAGGAACUGCUGGCGAGAAUCAGACAACUGAUAACGAUACGGGGGUUGUAGCACCCCGGCGGUGGGGCCCGGCCACAUUGCUAACUCCUUUGCUAAUCCUGUCUUUAAUCUUGCCGCUCUGUGUCUGCAUUUUCUUGUGGGCAGCAGCACGCUGCAGGAGGAAGAGAGGUUACUAUAAACCUAUUCACAUCCUGGGACAGCAAACGUAA